UGAUAAGACAUUAUUUAUAGUUGGAAAUUUCUAGACUGUUAGUUUUAACUACCUUCUGCAUAGAAUAUUUCUUACAAACAACGUUGCAUCCAAUAAGCUUACAUUUCAUUUAUACAGGACUAUUCUUAAUUUAUAUUUCAACGAACCGAACUAAAGGGAAAAUAAAAGAUAUAAAGAAAGCAAAAUGGGGAAACAUACAGACAGACUUAAACUCAUUGGCUGGAAUCAAUUAGGGAGUGAUGGAAAGCAGUUUCAAGCUGACAGGAUAUUGUAUUUUGAUGAUGUAAUUAGUCGUAAUGAUCCCGAUAUUGUGUUUCUACACGGAGACAAUCCUGAUAUGAACUCAGUAGCACUUAAAGACUAUAGACCGGCGAAAGUUGCUUUCAACUUGGAUACUGUGCUUCUGUAUGAUACUACAAGACUGAAGUUACCAACACCCAAUUGGUAUGGCAAGACACGAGACUUUAAGGUUCCUAAUAUAGAUAAGAACAAAUUGAUGUACCCACUAGUGGGUAUCUUGUCACCACAACCAACUUCACAUGUUGUCAAGCAAUUUCAUUGCAUCAGUUGGCACUGGAACCUAACACAUCAAACAAAUUAUCAAAAGGAUCUCUAUGAAUUUGCUCGACAAAUUCUAUGGCUUUCACAAUACCUUGCAUUUCUAUCGGGGGUAGAAGUGCUGAUUGGAGGAAACUUUAAUCUAUCGCUAUCGCAAAUAAAACCAUUAGUUGAGGAACAUAACAGACAAAUCCAGGGAACAAUUGAUUUUGUCAGGCCAAUUUUUAGACAAAUGGGAUAUGAUAAUGAUAUGACCGAUUACAUUUCUCGUCCGCAACGUAAACUUUGUCAGCUAAGAGUUCACGAGUGCAAAUCCACUAUUAGCAGCCAACAAGGACCUGAUUAUUUUGUUGCAUCAAAACAAAUGAACCUUUGUAAUACUAAAAUGAUAACAGAAUCCAAGCUCCCAACAACGAUAUCAUCCAUCAAGACUGCGGAAAUCAAUAUUCCAGCAACACCAAAAAAACACAGCGGAGGCUAGAUUGAAUAUUUUCUGAGAGAAAAAAAUCGUAUUGAUAUCUGAGUCAAGUAUCUCAGCUGGUUCAUUUUCAUUUUAUUAGGUAGUUUCCUUUUAUAAAAUGGAAUCGAUUUAAAAAUAGAAUAGCACAAAUAGAGAAAACAAAAUCCCCUUAUCAUUCAAUUAAUGAAAAUUAUCGUCCAGAUUAUACAAAUCUUUUAAGAUUUGUGUGCGUCAAAAUACUGCUCAUGGGAAUCUAUAGAAAAAAACGAAAUAUACAAGCGCAUUUUGAUACCAUGGAACAUACAAAUGUACAAAUGUAAAUAUUCUAGAUUCUAAAAGCUUACAAUUUAUUCUAUGAUUUAACACUUAUGAUGAUCUUUUAUUUUAUAAGACAAGCGCAUCACAAUCCAUUUACGUAUAUCUUUUUAUAAUUUAACUGUUAUAACACUUAUCAAGAGAUUUGAUUCAAACAAAUUAACACACAUUUAAGUAAGACUUUUUACUCUAAUUUUUAGUAGAUUUAUAUUUCAUGUAUUUUUGACAGCUGUUUAUUUUUUAAAAUAAACUUGUUUGUUUCUGUCACUCCAUCACAUAUGUUCCACGACGAAGAAAUAUUUAUAAACAUAAUGUCCACUGGAAAUUCCAUAGUUUUUUCCUUUAGGAAUGAAGGUUAUAUGUUUGUUCCAACACAGUAUAGUUUAAAUCAAAGUAAUCAGGUUACGUUCUGUAAAGUGGAAUACAUAUACGUUUGAAGUUUAUCAAUAUUUGAAUUGAAUGCCAAUAUAUUCUACACAUGAAGCCUUCCAGUGUUGAUGGUUCAUAUUGGUUACCAUCCUUUUUAUCACAGCCAAGAUAUAGGUGCAAAAACUUUUAUUUAGAUAUUCUGCAGACAUUUUUUCACCAGACUCCUCUAAAUAUUUUAUAAAGAGGCUCAUGCCAGACACUGCUUUUCUAUUUGUAUUUUCAUUUGUAGUGGCUUCAAGAAAAUUGUCGAUUUCUUCAUAAUUUAUGUCUUGAAAUCUUGAACUUUCUGUUGAUUUUUUAUUUGCCUGUUGUGCCUCAGCCCCUUCUUCAGCUUCCUGUGAAAUUCUAGCUAUCAUAUUUAAGUCUAGAAAUUCCGCUGCUUCUAACUCGAAAUAUUUUUGUUCAAGAAUUUGGCCUAAUAUGGCAGUAGCAUAGGAUCAAAAAUAAUAAGACAUUUUGGAAUAUUCCGAAAAAGCAGACACUUUUUUUUAUAGAACAGAAGGAGGGUGAAGGACGCUUUUAAAGUAUCAUACCCUUUAUUAUGCCGUAUUUUAAUUGUUAAUUGCAUGUUUGUGAUGUUUUUAUCGCUUUAAAAGACGAUCAUAACUGUAAAAUACUUCUUAUUUACCAAAAGAGGACAUAAUUUCGUUGAAAAGAUAUUCAUUAAUAAACUGAAAAUGUUCAUUAAAUUGUCCGUACAAUUGUUGUGUUUACAAUCUUGUAUGUAUUGUUCAUCAUACGAAGCCGAGUUAAUAUGUAUUUGCUCUGAAUUCGUCACACCACAUCACUAAACAAUGCGAUGUAAAUAGCAAACUGUAUUUCGACAUCCAUAAUGAUAUUAUCUAUUUUAAUCGAAACUCAAGCUAGUGAAGCAUUAAAGAGGAAACGUUUUUUGUUAUUAUCGUGCAUAUAUCAUUUAUACACAGUUGUGCUUCUUAAAUCAAAACUUGUGUAUUUGCGUGUGAAAAAAGUAGUUCCUGUAAAAUGGCGCGGAAAGUCUCGCGAGUCAAGAUAAACGAGUUAUUUCACAUAUGAGAUUAUCGGAAUUUAUCACAAUGGGAAAAUCAUAUAAAUCACCAUCAUCUAUAUAAUAAAUAUUAUUAUUCAAUCA